CAGUUCACUGCGUUUCCGUAGCCAGUCUGCUACCCGCUGAGUCCUGGCUGCUGGGGAAACAGCUCACGGAAACGAUUGAUCCCGAUCGAAUAACGCCAAAGCUGGUCACAUAAAUGGUGGAUUAACACUGAUAUCGGAGGAGACACGCUGAAUCAAUGUUCGUAACUCGGGUGCUUUUGGAGUGUGCGCUGGCAACACCCUCCGUAACAUGUGAGAUGUAUACAGAAAGAUAUUAACUGUGCGUUAUUUCGGCUAACUAGCUAGCAGCUACCUCUCUCUCCCCCCCACCCCCCUCUCUCUAUCCAAUUUAUGGUAGCUCGCCUGAUCUGUUUUCUUAACCGUCGCGUCUGUACCGGAGGAAAAUGAAGAAGUUUAAAAUUAGGAAGGUGCUGGACGGUUUGACAGCGGUCUCCUCUUCUUCCUCCGCAACUGCCCAGCCGGGUACUCCCAGGGAAAACGAUGUUGUCCCGGAGACUCUCCAGUCGGAACAUUUUCAGCUGUGCAAGACUGUGCGCCAUGGCUUCCCAUAUCAACCAUCCUCAAUGGCUUUUGACCCCGUGCAGAAAAUCUUGGCCGUCGGGACUCAGACUGGAGCUUUGAGGCUCUUUGGCCGUGCGGGUGUGGAGUGUUACUGUCAGCAUGAGAGCGGUGCUGCUGUCAUCCAGCUCCAGUUCCUGAUCAACGAGGGGGCGCUGGUGAGUGCCUUAGCUGAUGACAGCAUCCACCUGUGGAACCUGAGGCAAAAAAUCCCUGCUAUCCUGCAUUCUCUGAAGUUCAACAGGGAGAGAAUCACAUACUGCCACCUGCCCUUCCAGAGCAAAUGGCUUUACAUCGGCACAGAAAGAGGAAACAUCCACAUUGUCAACGUGGAGUCCUUCACUCUCUCAGGCUAUGUCAUCAUGUGGAACAAAGCCAUCGAACUAUCCACCAAGACACACCCAGGGCCUGUUGUGCACAUCAGUGAUAACCCCAUGGAUGAAGGAAAGCUCCUGAUUGGAUUUGAGUGUGGCGUAGUAGUGUUGUGGGAUUUGAAGUGCAAAAAAGCUGACUACCGCUACAAUUAUGAUGAGGCAAUCCACUCAGUCGCCUGGCACCAUGAGGGUAAACAGUUUGUCUGCAGCCACUCUGAUGGCACUUUGACCACAUGGAAUGUACGAGCUCCAGCCAAGCCUGCACAGAUCAUCACACCACAUGGAAAGCAGCCUAAGGAUGGAAAAAAGCCAGAACCAUGCAAGCCUAUCCUGAAGGUGGAGUACAAAACAACAAGGGCUGGGGACCCAUUCAUGGUCCUAUCUGGAGGUUUGUCUUACGAUACCGUGGGGAGAAGAGCCUGUCUCACUGUGAUGCAUGGAAAGAGCACUGCCGUCCUGGAGAUGGACUACCCCAUUGUAGAUUUCCUAACGCUGUGUGAAACUCCAUAUCCAAAUGACUUUCAGGAGCCUUAUGCUGUGGUGGUCCUCCUCGAGAGGGAUUUAGUUUUAAUAGACCUCGGGCAGAUUGGGUACCCGAUAUUUGAGAAUCCAUAUCCUCUGACUAUCCAUGAGUCACCAGUGACCUGCUGUGAGUACUUUGCCGACUGCCCUGCUGAACUUGUUCCUGCACUUUACUCCAUUGGCAGCCGGCAAAAGAGACAAGGUUACAGCAAGAAGGAAUGGCCCAUUAGUGGGGGGAACUGGGGCCAAGGCACACAAAGUUACCCAGAGAUCAUAAUCACUGGACAUGCUGAUGGGUCGAUCAAAUUUUGGGAUGCUUCUGCAUUAAUGCUUCAAGUGCUGUACAAGCUAAAGACUGCCAAGGUGUUUGAGAGGGCUCGUGGUAAGGAGGAGAAGGCAAAUACAGAUAUAGUAGAGGAGGACCCGUUUGCCAUCCAGACUUUGUCCUGGUGCCCAGAGAGCAGGAUGCUCUGUGUGGCCGGGGUGUCAGCCCAUGUUAUCGUCUAUAGAUUCAGCAAACAAGAAGUCACCACUGAAGUUGUGCAGCUUUUGGAGGUGCGAAUGCAGUGUGAGUUUGGCGAGGUGGACUCCCCUGACCCAGGAGGGGAGCAUACCCCCACCCUGCCAACCCCAGGAGCUUCCUCCAGCCCUCAGGAGACUGAGCCUCCCACUCAUCCCUCCAUAGGCAGCAACUCCUCUGAUGGACCACGGGACAAUAUACCAUGCCUCCAGGUGCGGAGCUCCCCGUUGAAGCAGUCUCCGGGCUACCAGGUGGAGCUGGUGAUCCAGCUGGUGUGGGUUAGCGGGGAGCCGCCUCAGCCGAUCACUAGCUUGGCUAUCAACUCCUCCUACGGCCUUGUGGUGUUUGGGAACAGUAAUGGCCUGGCUGUGGUGGACUACCUCCAGAAAACUCUGCUUCUCAACAUGGGCACAUCAGAGCUGUACAGCCCGUCUGACCCGUACCAGAGGCAGCCUCAUUCCCCACGCAAAGCACGACAGCCCUCUGGAGCACCCUGUGAUUCCAACGAUGGGUCCAACACCUCAGAGGACCGCUGCAAAUCACCUACUUCAGGAUCUACCUCGCCCUGCAAUUCUGAUGAUGAACGUAAACAGAAGUUCAUAGACAAGGUGAAGUUCAAAAGCAGACGCUUUUCCAAGACGGUUGCCAAUGACUUUGCCAAGAUGUCACGGAAAAUUAGCUCGUCUAGUGAGCCAAAGCCAGACCAGGAGGAGAAGUUCCAACGAUGGCGCUCCCUCACAUGUAGAAAGCGCUUUUGUUGUAUGAACGAAGGCAAGACGGCAGCCAGGAUGAGCCAGAUGAAUCCCAUCUAUAGAACUAAGUCAGCCCCCAUUACCAAUGCCAAGGAUAACUCAUUCAGCCGCUCACGUAGUUCAAGUGUAACCAGCAUAGACAGGGAGUCUCGAGAGGCCAUCUCCUCCUUUUACUUCUGCGAGAGUUUCCCCAGGAAGACGGACAGCCUUGUCAGCCCCUGUGUGUUGGUGGGAACCACGCAGGGCUCUGUGAUGAUGGUGGCCCUCAGCCUGCCACCCAGCGGGGACCAGAGGCUGCAGCAACCAGUCGGGAUCUCCUCCUGCGGCACCCUUGCCAGACUCAAAGGAGGCAUUUUGACGAUGGCCCUCCUGGACGCCACUGGAGCUCUGCUGCCCCCUUCCUAUGAGUCAUGGUAUGACCCAAAUGCCUCAGAUGAAGAGAAGGAGAAGAGCAGGAGGCGCAGGCCAGCCUCCCCUCCCUCAUCACAAGAGGGCCAGGACUCCCACUUUGCCGUGCUGUGUUCGGAGAAACAGGCCAAAGUGGUGGCCUUGCCCUCCCAAACCCGCAUCUACAAACACAACAUCACAGAGACCUCCUUCGUGCUGAGGGCUGAUGUCGUGCAGAUGGCCGGAACUAACUGCAUCGCCUGUUUCUGUGCUAAUGGGCACAUCAUGACUCUGAGUUUGCCCAGUCUACGGCCUCUGCUGGACAUGAACUACCUGCCGCUUACAGACAUGCGGAUAGCUCGGACGUUCUGCUUCUCUAACCACGGUCAGGCGCUGUACCUCACCUCGCCCACCGAGAUCCAGAGGAUCACCUACAGCCAGGAGACCUGCGACAACCUGCAGGAGAUGCUCAGUGAGUUAUUUACCCCCGUGGAGACACCGGAGGCUCCUAACAGAGGUUUCUUCAAAGGCCUUUUUGGUGGAGGAGCUCAGUCUCUGGAUCGGGAAGACCUCUUUGGUGAAACAGCCGCUGGUAAAGCCUCCCGAAGCCUGGCCCAGCAUAUCCCUGGCCCAGGCAACAUGGAAGGCAUGAAGGGUGCGGCAUCUGGGGUUGUGGGAGAUCUGGCCCGCGCUCGGGUAGCUUUGGACGAGAGAGGGCAGAAACUGGGCGAGCUGGAGGAGAGAACGGCUGCCAUGAUGGCCAGCGCAGAGUCCUUCUCCAAACAUGCUCAUGAUAUGAUGCUGAAGUACAAAGACAAGAAGUGGUACCAGCUCUGAUGGCAGCGUGUGGAGCAUCGGACUCUGUAAUCACACACACCAGUAUCUCUGAGGAGCUGCAGGUCCCUCUUCUUCUCUAUUUCUCUCCACGGGGGGUUCUGCUCUACAGACUCAUGCUUUUAUUCUCAGCACAAUAUCACACACUCUGCAUUACCUCAGUCACCGGAGGACUGCCGCAGAGUAGACACUGGCCAACCCGACGUAAUGAGAAUGGAAAGAAAUGGAAGAAGAGAAGCUCUUAGGAAUCUCUCUUUCCAUUUCAUCUGAGAGAGAUGAUGUUUAUUUAACAUCAGUCCGCAGAACAGGAGAGAGGGGACCUUACAUAUCCAUCGGUCAUGCACUCAUAUAUAUAUCUCAUAUAUGUAUAUAUGUGUAUGUGUGUGUGUAUAUAUUUAUAUAUAUACACACACAAACACCCUGCUGUUUUGUUCUGAAAGAGGAAAGACAAUUCUGCAAAACAUGUACUUGUGGUGGCCUGAUUGCAAUUGUUAUUUUCCUUUCUCUGCCCUUUAUGGUGUCUGCCAAACACAGUGGACUUAAAUGAGGAGAAAAGUCUGAAGACCCCCCCCCCGUCCUUCAAAUCUAAUCAAGUCAAUGAUGAUGUAUGUUUCUAUAGGAAUGAUUGAAUCAAUGAAGGACUGGUGUUUGUUUGUUUUUCUGGUCUAAAUUAUUUUGAAAGUUUGACCGCUAUCCUUUUUGUCAGUCUGUUUUUGUCAUUUCGUGUCCAGAAAGGGCCUUUCAAGCACUUAGAACAGUAGAAAUGUGGACCGAGAGAUGAAGAAUCUAUUGCCUCUCAUCGAAUAAGGGCUGGUAGUACACUAGUUCAUCACCAUUUCUUUUACAGCAUUUUCCCAACUGAGUCGUUUUAGUUGAGACAAACAAAUGAUUUUUUUUUUUUUCUGAAAGUCACUUUGGUUUUUAUUUUUAAUUAGAUUAUUUAUUGGAACAGAAUAAUAGAUAGGAAGUAAAAGAAUUUUGUAUGUUGGGCAUUAAUUUUUUAUUUUUCCUUUUCAAUUAAAUGCACAAAAAGUGCUGAAAAUGUUUACCCCUAUUGAAGAGUUUACAUUGAUCUAUCAGAAAGAUAAAAAGUUGAUACACUGGAAACCCCCCUGAAGUUCUUAUACACUUCUAGCUUUCAUGGGGCUGUAGCUAAGUCGUGGAAGACGAUGUGUUAAAGGGCAAGACAAAGAUUGUCCUUAGAAUAUAAUUAGAUUGCAUAAAUGUAUAUUUUGGUUACAAUUCUCAGUUUUUUUGUGAUAAAGAUUAUAUCUAUACACGUUUUAUUCAAAUUUCUUUUUGGCAUUCUGUCAUAGCUGAAGUUGAUUUUUCGUCUUGUUUCUCAGUGUGUAGGGGGGAAAAAAAAGCAUGUGUCUCUCACAGCACAAUGGAAAUGGUAAUGCUGUCUUCGUAUUCGUAGCUGCCAGUAGAAAUGACCAAGCACCACAGAGUGUUCCACGACGGUGCUGCUGGUUAUCUCUCUCUCAACCAUUCACUUAAAAACUGUUUCUCUUCUGCCUUUGCCUCAUGACGCAUAUAUGCUAACCUCUACCUAUGUGUAUAUCUGUGUGUUUGUGAACAUACAUAUAUUCAGGGAUAUGUGUAUGGGCGCCAAUAUUUAUAAUACUACAUAGAUACAGUGUAUUACAAUAGGUCUUUUGAGGUUUUUGUUUUUGCUUGACAGUGUUUUUCAAUGUGAUAAACUAGAAUUCUAUUGUAAUUAGAUUUCUUUUUCAUGAGGUGCAAGGAUAUGCUGCUAUUUGUGUCAAUGUAGGAGCAUUAUCUGUUGGUCUUUUUAUUUGGAAAAGAGAGACAAGACUUUGUCAGUCCAGAUUGCUGCCAAAUGUUGUAAAUAACGGGGACAGCUGGACACAAAUCUGACAGUGCAGGUUCAGGCAACGUGACAUACUGUACGCUUGCGGCCAUGUUCUUUUCCGACACCAAAGAGCUUAAUUUCACAAAGUUGUCUUGAUUUUUUUUCCCAAAUGGUAAGAGUCGGUCUGGAUACAUUUUAACAGCACUCUGAAGUCCAGAAGUCUACUGUGUGUAGGGGGGGGGAAAGUAGAUUGGCUUUAGCUUCUUCUUCUGGGCAUGCCACCCUCAUUACUUUCCCAAACUGCUGUACAUGCGUUCAGAAGACAGAAAGUGAAUUUGAAGAGUUUAAUUCCAAAAUAAAUAAAUAAAUAAAAAAGUGACAUUGACUCAUUGAAAAAUGCUUGCAGGCAUGAAGUAAAAGUUAGAGACACUUGUUUGGAGUUUCGAGAGCUUUUCUUAGAUUUUAGAGGAUUAAAUCAUAUAUACUUUGGAGAUAUUGAGUUAUCAAUUACACCAAAAAUGUUUUAUCCAAGAUGGAUAUACAGCAUUUUGGAAUAAAACCCUUCACUUUUAGCUGGCUGAUUUUAAUCUACUCUACUGUAUACUACUGAGAUAAACCCAAUUGAAAGAGCAGUUAUGUGGGUUUUGCACUAUUUUUUGUACUUAAAAUAAUUUUGUUAAUAUGAUUUUUAAUUUCUUUAUUUUGUCCCAUUUUCUUGUUUUUGAAAGGACCAAAACAUGACAGAACCUAUGCUUAUCUAUGUCAUUUGCCAAUUAUGCUGAUUGCUUCACUCUCAGAUUUGUUUUCAAUGUCAGGUUAAUGAUACUAUGAUAUAUUUAUAUAUUUGAAAACAAAUAUAUAUACUUUUAAUUUCAAUAAUAUAUAUUAAAAAAAAAUUAAUACCUUUAAUGUAAUUUUGGGAUAGAAUAACUCACAUUAAUGUCCAAACAAUGGUUGUGCAUAAUUAACAUUAUCCAAACAUGACAAUAAAACAUUUUCUGGUUAUAUAUUGAACAUGCUCAUCUCAGAUUCAAGCUUUGCUACUGCAGGAGGGUCGUCUCCUCUUGGUGGGCCGCUGAGUCUUUCUACAAAGUGUGGCCUCGACUUUAAAGUGCUUCAGUUUGCAACAUAUAUGUCCUAAAUGGUCUCUUAUUGCACAUUGAAGGAUGCAUGAUAUUAAGUGUUUACAAACUUGAAACAACCAUGUAUUAUCCCUCUUAGAGAUUGUCUGUUUUGGCAUUUGUAUUUACCACCAUGUUGAACAAAACUGAAGUGCUCAUCACACAUCAGAAACGUGUCCCAUUUUCAUUUGAUCAUGCCAAUUGUAUAAGUGUUAGAGAUUAUAUUUAUUUUAUUGGUACAUCUGUUUAUGUUACUGUUUGCUUCAUGAAAACUCUUGCUUUCGCUGCACUGUAGAAAUGCAUUGAAAUCGAAAGCUAGGCUUACAAGCGCAGUGCAGGAGAGCUGAAGGGUUUCUCAGUCACCAUACUUCCAUCCAUCUGUCUUCUGGGAUGAAUAUCUGUGGAGUUGCAGUAUUUUCUCAUAGUAGGCAAUUUUUGUACAGUUUUAUUAAAAUAAAUUUCACAUGGAUGUCUGACUUAAUCUGCUGCCACAAACAAUUUAGACUGUAGAUACAGUAUAUAUAGAUAUUAUUGUGCAAUGGAAAAUAAAUGUAAAACCAAUCAUAA